CUGAUGAAACCAAAUUCAGGAUUAACAUAUAUGAGGAAGACAUAGUGUUUUUCGAUAUUAAAAUCAAAUCUGAAGAACUGAUAUCAGAAUAUAAAGAUGAAUUUUUACCAGAUUAUUAUGAGUUGAUUGUAGCACAACCUUUCGACUCGACAGAAGAAUAUCAGUUUCUUCGUUUAUUUUAUCUGUCUCUUAAAGAUC